GCGACAUGUAAAAAUCUCCGAUCCCCGGUGUCUUCGCCUCGGUUCUAGAAAUAGCGCUGAGUCGCUGAUGAAGAUCACGAAUUGCUAAUCACGAAACGUUCGACGCUGACGGACUUUUGCCUCGAGCUGCGUGUGUGCUGCUUCAUAUACUCGUGAACCCAGGUCGCAUUCCGAAUCGUGCCUUCUCAUCGUCCGAAUAGUCUCAACCUCGUUCAACCUUCUUCCAUCCUUGAUCGUAUCGCGUUUCAUCUGCUCGUCGAGCUUGUAACACCACCCUCACCACCUCGCCUUUCCUUCUCCACUUCACUUCAUUCUCUCUUGAAACACCCCUCGUCAUGGGUCUGUUUGGUCGAGAAAGUACGGGCGAACCCAAGGUCGAAACGGAAACGACGCAACCGCCCGAUUCGCUCUUCACCCCAGCCUACGUUCAGCGUUCACGUACGGACGGCCAACGUUCUGAUCGGCCACGAUCGUUCGGCUUCAAAGCUCGUCGGACAGCGAAGAAGCUCGUCGGCGAACCCGAUGAUGCGCCGGAUACCAUCCACACGUUCUCCUACUUGGCGGGCAAUACGGGCAACGUCAAGCAGCGCGUCAAGGAUUACGGGUUGAGCUUGUUCCCUUUUAUACAAUGGGCGCCUAGGUACAACGUACAUUGGUUGAUCGGGGAUCUUAUUGCUGGUAUCACCGUCGGUAUCGUGUUGGUCCCCCAGUCAUUGUCAUACGCCAAACUCGCCGGUCUUCCCAUCGAAUAUGGUCUCUACUCUUCCUUCAUCGGUGUCCUCACCUACGCCUUCUUUGCUACGUCCAAAGACGUCUCCAUCGGACCCGUCGCUGUCAUGUCCUUGCAAACCGCCAACGUCAUUUCUUAUGUGCAACAACACCAUGCUAGCGAAGGAUGGGAGCCUCAAGUGAUCGCUACCGCCUUGGCGUUCAUCUCGGGUUUCAUCGUUCUCGGAAUCGGCUUGUUGAGAUUGGGAUGGAUUGUUGAAUUCAUUCCCCAGCCAGCGGUAUCCGGUUUCAUGACCGGGUCCGCUAUCAACAUCGCCGCUGGUCAAGUGCCCGCCCUUUUCGGGAUCAACUCUCGAUUGAACACCAGGGAAGAGACGUUCAAGGUCAUCAUCAACACGCUCAAGAACCUGCAUCACGCUACCAAGGACGCCGCUUUCGGUGUGACCUGUUUGACGGUCUUGUACCUAUUGAAGUGGGGAUUGGCUUGGAGUGGGGAUCGAUACCCCAAAUUUAGGAGGCCGGCUUUCUUCUUGAGUUGUUUCAGGCAUGGUUUCGUCAUCAUUUUGGCUACUGCCAUCUCGUACGGGAUCUGCAAGGGCAAGACAAAGGCUCAACGACCUAUCGCCAUCCUCGGUCAAGUCCCCUCGGGUCUGCGCCAUGUCGGCCAACCGUACAUCACUUCCGGCCUCCUCUCCGCCCUCGCCCCCAAGUUGCCGGUCUCGGUCAUCGUCCUCCUUCUUGAACAUAUCUCCAUCGCCAAAUCGUUCGGCCGAUUGAACGGGUACAAGAUCAACCCCAACCAGGAGCUCAUCGCUAUCGGUGUUAACAACACGUUGGGUACAUUGUUUAACGCUUACCCUUCGACGGGUUCGUUCAGUCGAUCGGCACUCAAGUCCAAGGCUGGAGUGAGGACCCCUGCGGCGGGUAUCCCAACGGGUAUCGUCGUCAUCAUCGCUUUGUACGCGUUGACCGGUGCUUUCAAGUACAUCCCCAACGCUGCUAUCUCGGCCCUGAUCAUCCACGCCGUAGCCGACCUGGUCGCCAGCCCUGCUCAGUCUUACGGUUUCUGGCGAGUCGCUCCUCUGGAAUGGGUCAUCUUCACCGCCGCCGUCGUCGUUUCGGUCUUCAGCUCAAUCGAGAACGGUAUCUACACCUCUCUGGCCGCCUCGGUCGUCCUCUUGUUGUUCAGGAUCGCUCGUCCUAGGGGUCACUUCCUCGGACGUGUCAGGAUCAGGCCGGAAAACUCGACCUCGGAUGCCGAUAUUCGGGACGUCUACGUGCCGCUCUGUGGGGAUGGUGGGAUCACCAACCCGGCCGUUAAGAUCGAAGCGCCUCCUGAGGGUGUCAUCAUCUAUCGGUUCGAAGAGUCUUUCCUCUACCCGAACGCUUCGUACAUCAACUCGGCCAUUAUCGACCACGUCAAGACGAAUACUCGUCGAGGCAAGGACAUGAGCAACGUCAAGCUCGGGGAUCGACCUUGGAACGACCCUGGCCCCAAGAAGGGUCAGGCGAUCGAGAAUAUCGAUUCGUUGAGCAAACCGAGGUGUCGAGCGAUCAUUCUCGACUUUGCCGCCGUCGCCAACCUUGACACGACCGGUGUGCAGAACCUGAUCGAUUUGAGGCGCGAGGUGGAGAAAUGGGCGGACCAGAGCGUAGAGUUCCACUUUGCCGCCGUCUUGGCUCCCUGGACGAGACGGGCAUUGAUCGCCGGUGGAUUCGGGUAUGGAGGUGCGAUCCGACAUUCUCGUCCGAACGAGGUCGCUCCCGUCCUGCCACCCAUGGACGCCCUCUCCCCCGCCGACCGGGCUCAACGGGAGAGGGAGGCAGAAGAGGCAAGGGGAGAUCACGUCAUCCGCCCUGCUCAACAGAGGCAAGACCGAGUCGAGCUCGCCGAGCAGGAAGAGACGGCCCGAUCGAGCCCAUACGGGUCCGAUCUGGAGGCGGGCAAAAGGUCGUUGGCAGAGUCGUCCGUGUCGAGCGAGGCACCCAUCUUGGCCACCGACACGCCGUUCUUCCACAUCGACCUCGCCAGCGCCAUCGCCUCGAUCGCUCCCAACGAGUAAACAAAACCAAAAAGAGGCUCAGGAUCAAUAGGACAGAACAUAUAAUCAAACAGCAAACAGGCCGACAAUCAUCUUUCGGGUUUUCGAUGGGGUUCUUCCCACAUUUCAUAUUUUUGGCUCGCGGUUAGAUGCGCUUUUUGUAACGACACAACGAACACCAAAAAGGAGGCCAAAGCGCCUCUUCUCUCAACAGUUGUAGAUCAGAUAGAAUAGAUGACAAGUGCUAGUAGUAGUAAUGACAUGAUACGUUUGAUGUCUUUG